AUGGAUCUCCCGCCUCAGACUCAGGGAUUGACACCUCAUCCCGUUGAUCUGAAUUCGCCUCCCCUGCUCAAUUCCUACCAACAGCCGCUGCACUCGCAAUCGCAGCGCCAUCUGUCCGGCUCGCCCUAUUCCCAGAGAUCACGACGACCGCUGUCUUACCAGCAGCAACCCACGUACCUCGACGCCGGCAGACGCUCGAAUACUUCAUCACCUCACAGACGGCAGAGCCCCAUUCCCGGCCGCUUCACCGAAGAGUGGGACGCCAGCCAGCGCGGCAGCUCGAUCCUCGACAACCGCCGCGGCCGCGAUUCUCCUGUCAUGUCAGCGUCUGGAGCAGGGCCGGCUGCCAUUGGAACUACUGCCAUGCAGCGCUCCAACUCGGUCAACAGCUAUGCAGCCGGUGAUGAUCGCGCUCUUCCGCAGAGGGGCAAUACGCUGAAGAAGAAGGCCUCGCUGCGACGAAGCGGCACUGGCAGCAUGGUACGAUCCAGCAGCCGGCGCAGCGCACGAGCGGGCAGCGUCAAGAGCCUCAUGCUCCAAACUGCCGAUGCCGACGAGCUUCAUAGCGCAUUCUACUGCCCUGUGCCGACGACCGGCAAUCCUACCGACGUGCUUGCCGCCAGAUUUCAGACAUGGAGGAAAAUCCUGAAAGAUCUCAUUGCCUACUACCGCGAAAUUCAAUCCCACUACGAGCAAAAGGCGAAGUCAAUCUCCAAACUCACCAGCGUCUCCAACAAUAUAGCGACCCCGGCUUCAUUUCUCCAAACUGCCGGAAUCGACGAUGCCCUUCAAAUCAUUCGCAAUUAUAACAAGAUAGCCCUCCAAGAGGCUACAAAGGCCAAGGAGAUUGAGGAAGACGUCAUCUUGGCUCUCACAGGCUUGAGGAGUGAUCUACAGCAGAAGAUUAAGGAAAUCAAGCACCUAGCUGGCGACUUCAAAAACAAUGUUGACAAGGAGAAAGAGGCUACUGGUAGAGCAGUCAAGGCUCUGUCCGACGUGCUCGGAAAGAACGAGAUGGACUCUUCUAACACGACCGGCAAGCAGGAUCCGUAUCUCCUUAGACUAGCUGUCGAUCGCCAGAUCGAACGUCAAAUCGAAGAAGAAAACUACUUGCAUCAGGCAUAUCUCAACCUCGAGGGCUCUGGUCGCGAGCUGGAGUCCAUCAUUGUGGGCGAGAUUCAAAAAGCAUACAAUGCCUACGCCGGCAUUCUCAAGCGCGAAGCAGAAAAUGCUCUCGACAUUGUCGGGGAGCUGCGUGAUGGACCCAUUUCCAUGCCCAAAGAUCAAGAAUGGGAGCAUUUUGUUUCCAACGACAACCGAGUGGUUAAUCCUAAUAUCCCUUUGCGCUCCGUCGAACAGAUUCAUUAUCCCGGACAGGACCAUUUCUCUGCACAAGAAAUCCGCGCCGGACUAUUGGAGCGUAAGAGUAAAUACCUGAAGAGUUAUACAGCUGGAUGGUAUGUGCUCUCAACAACGCAUCUGCACGAAUUUAAAUCGGCAGACAAAGCGCAAGCUCCCAUCAUGUCCCUCUACCUGCCGGAGCAGAAGCUAGGAUCCCGCUCAAGCGAAGGGGGCCCGUCGAAUAAAUUCCUCCUCAAGGGUCGACAAACUGGAUCCAUGCACCGAGGGCAUACCUGGGUAUUUCGAGCCGAGAGCCAUGAUACGAUGAUGGCCUGGUACGACGACAUAAAAGCCCUGACAGAGACAUCGUCGGAAGAACGGAUAGCAUUUGUACGAUCUCAUUCGCGGAGGAGUACGAGCCAGUCGUCACAUCGAUCAGCCAGCAGCAACGAACUCGAUGAGGAAGACGAGCCGCCCUUCCAAGCAACCGAGCAAGAUGUUCUCGCAGAACCCCGAUCAGAAUCGCGGCGACCCCAACCAGGUGGGCGGUUCCCAUCUGACAUUCAAGUCAAUGCCCAACGAGGCUUACAGGUGCCUCACUCUCCCUCUAGUGCCGGAUCCAGCCAGGAAGCGUCGCCAAAUGCACAGGUAAUUGCUGCCGCAACUGCCAUACCAGGAACGGCCACUACUGCCUAUUCCCCAGAAUAUCAUACGCACCACGACGAGAAUCAUCCCGAUUACGGCCAGAGAGGCGAGACUCACAUGAACGAAAUGCACGCACAGGCCGUCAUUGCCAACCAUGAGGCUCAAGUCGACGGCGUCAACCCUUACACCAGCGAGCCACUAGGCCAGGGCCAAGGCAACCAACGAAAUGUCUACGGAGGACUAGCUUUUAUUCCCGGUACUCGCCAGCCAGUAAUCCCUAAUGGUGUUCCUGACGAAAAGUCUGUCAACCCUGGCCGUCAGGCUGUAGGGGGAACACAUGAUGCUACUAGGGUUAAUGGCGCCGUAGGAGGUGAAGAGAUGCAAGAGAUCAACGGCGGCCACUACACCAAUGUUGGAGGCGCUGGAGGUGGACAUGUCAACAGCGCCGCUGUCAACCCGAAUACAAUCCCUAGGUCUGAGGCUCAAACAGACGCUGGCGGCUUGCAAGUUCUUCCUGGCCAGGGAGAUGGGGCCGCGCCAGCCGCUGCUAAUCCCGCGGUCCGAGCACUGAAUGAUAUGUCAGUAUCAAGCCUACCGAUGCCAGGCAGCUUCCCAUGAGAUGAAAAGCGAAGGUCUCUUUGGUUUUCGUUUUGUUUUCCUUUAUCCGUCCAAAAACCAAAAAUUGGGUACACUUCAUUUUAUUUGGAUACCAUUUCUUUUUCUUUCUUUCAUUUUUCUUGAGAUGUGUUUUAUGUUUUGUGCCAGUACUUUGGAUGCUGGAUCUGUGAAAGAGAGGUAUGGCGGGAACAAAGCAACGCUGUUGCGU